GUCGAACAUAUUUCCGACCCGCUGUGUUGUGAGGAGAGUGUGUGUACGACUGCCGAACAAUGCGAAAUAGACGUAUGUCCGGCUAUGAUUUGGCCCGUAAGGGUUCGCUCACUCUCGCCAUCAUAUUGUCCAUCAUUGGUAUGGGAUUGAGUAUUGCGGCAAUAUUGACGCCCAGUUGGCAGGUGGUCAAUCUUCGUGAGUAUAACUCAAUUCACGAACAUGGUUUGUGGUUGGAUUGCACAAGGCACAGCCGCGAUGGCAAUCACAUCAUGCAGAGAUAUGCGACCGUAACCGAGCCUCUUCACUGUGUGUACAAGUUCGACUACGACAAAUACUCGGGCACAUUCGACCUCGAAGACGACAACAGCCCAGUCGGAGAGGUGAAUCGGCAUAAAUUCUAUGGAUGGCAUACGGCCACGUUGAUCCUUUUGGGAUUGGCUCUACUCACUUCCUUCUUGUCGAUAUGUUUGGGAAUGUGUUCAUGUUGCUAUGGCUCUUUGAGUCUCGUAUUCACUGCCCUCACCCUCUUUACAACUUUGCUCUCCGCUGUCGCCGAGGGCAUUUUCUUCUUCUACUCUCAUCGUGCUGACAAUCGCUUUAUCAAAGGAAUUGUUGGUACAUAUGAGCAACGAGUUGGACUCGCCUUCUUCCUGCAAAUGGCUGCUGCCUUCUUCCAUUUUCUUUCCUUCCUCGUAGCAAUGGUUUCCACUUACUUUUCGUUCUCAGCAGCUAAAGAUGCUCAAGAUCACUUUAGUCGCAGUUCACGGACAAAUGUUACAAAUAUAGGAAGGUCAAUGGAGUUUGAUGCUCCCCUAAUGUACCAAUCACAGACCCCUCAACCAAGCAUACGACAGCCAUAUUCUAAACAAGAAGAAUAUGAUAGACAUGUAGCUGAGAGUAUGCCAGAACUUGGCAUGACCAGAGGUGCGUUUCCAUCAAACGACUUCUUCCCCACAAGAAUCCGAAGGAAGAGCGAAACCUGUGUUUGA